AUGCCUUCUGUAGAGACUCCUGCAAUUUCCAAAGCUGGUAUCACCACCUCAGCGACCGGCGAACGCCACAUCCCAGCAUCCGUCCGUCCCGACGGCUCCCUGCGCAAGGAGAUUCGAGUCCGUCCAGGCUACCGCCCACCAGAGGAUGUUGAGCUUUACAAGAACCGUACCGCUGAGGGUUUCCGCAACAGGGGGAAGGCGGGUGUACCGGGUGCAGAGACGGUGAAGAGUGAGGAGAAUCUCAGCACAUCGAGUCCUGCUGCAAACAAGAAUGCUAAACGGAGGGAGGCUCGGAAAAAGGCUGCAGCUGCUGCGGGUGAUGGCAAAGAGGAGAACCAGGGAGCCCCCAUGGAGACAAAAGAAAAGGAAAAGCCGGUUGAGUUGAAGGCGAAGGAGAAGGACAAUGCGAAGCCUGAGACUGAGAAGGCUGUCGACCCUGAGAUGGAGAAAGAGAAGGAAGCGAAGAAGCUUACGAAGAAGCUGAGGCAGGCGCGGGAGCUGAAGGAUAAGAAAGACAAGGGCGACAAGCUGCUACCGGAACAGUUCGAAAAGGUCAUCAAGAUCAACGAGCUGAUACGUCAACUGGAAAGCCUCGGCUUCGAUGCGCAGGGAGAGAAGAAGAGUGAGACUUGA